AUUACUCUUUAUUCUACAUAACCAAACUUUAUGUUUUAUUCUAUUUAAGUGAUUCAAAUGAUGAUAGUCCUGACGAAACACAGAGUACAUCAGACCAUGAAUAUCUUCCUUCUUCAUCUGAAGCAUCAGAUGACACUUUUACAAAAAUCAAAAAGAAUGUUUAUACUUUUGAUUGUCUAUGGGUAAUUGAUGAUUAUGAUAUCUCAAAAUUAUUAAUGGAAUACCGUGCAUGCGCAAUAAAAAAUUCAACAAGUGAAAAUAUAGAUAUAUCAGAGAUUUUAUCAAUUAAUCAUAUAUUUCUCCUAGAACAAAACGAUAAUGCUGGUAUUCAAAUGUUUUUUGAUUCUGAUAAAUGGAAGAAAAUGUUUGUUCAAAUUGUUUCCGAGUUACCUGCAUAUGAGAUAUCAAUUGAUGGUCUGGAGUGUUGUCAUGUAGUUGGAAGAGUUGCAAGUUCAAAUGUCAAUGAAUGUGAGUCGUUGAUAAGAAAAUUAAGGAAAAAAUAUGGCAAUUCAGAAGAUAUUAUAUUAGAUGUUCUUUAUUCAGUUACCAAAAUUUUAGAAAAUAAAACAAGAAGUAGAAAAGAAGAUACAUUUGUGCAUGACAAUAUAGAACCAAUGUUAAACAAUUUUUUUCAGAAUGGCAAAUUAUAUAGAUGUGAAUGGUCAACUACAGUCUUAGAGGAAUCAGCACAUCAUAAAAAAAAAUUUGAUCCAACAUUUAUAGAAAAUAAACCAGAUUUUUUGGUUUAUAAUAUGUUCAAAGAGUCUAAUCAUAUUCUUUUAGUGAUGGAAGUAAAACCUCUUGUAAAGCCUAAUACAAAUCCAUUAUUCAAUGAUCUAAGAAAACCUGGCAAUGAGAUGAAAGAUAUAAUAGACAAGUGCAUAGAAGAUGGCAUUUAUGAUGAUAGGUUAAAAAUUUGGCAUGAAUGUGAUGUAUUUGUGAUGGAUAUCAAACAUGAUGCUGUAUAUAGGAUGAUAUACUUGGGAAAGUUCUUUGCACCAUGUAUUUGUUAUGAUUUGAGUGUAACUUCUUCAGCAAUUGAAUUAUUAUCAACAAUAAAGGUUGGCAAAUUUGAGGUCACAAAACAAUCAAAAGAUAAUAAAAUGAAAAGUAUGAUUAGGAAUUCUUAUCAUACACCAAUUAAAUAUGCAGUGAAAAAAGAAAUGGAAAUUAAAAGAACAUUACUGUACAACUUUGAAGAGAGAUUUGGAUAUAAACUUUUGUCUAAGGAUAGAACAAUUACAAACCAACCUAUUCUUCGGCUGCUUGAUAAUGAUGAUUGCGAGAAGAAACUUGAAGUUGAGGAAAGGACAAAAUACGGUUUUUUGAAUUGGGGAAAGUUUAUUGUCGAUUAG